AUGAGGAGGAAUGGUGCAUCAUCUUUUGGUUCUGCACUUGGAAGGGAUCCUCGAGUGGAUGGAAUCCUCGAGGCUUUGUCCAAUGUAGGGGCAUUGUUUAAGCAACAAGUCCAACAACAAGCAGCUGCAGGAAAUGGUGAUCGUCGCAUACAAGGACUCAUUAAACAAUUUCUGAAAUUGAAACCAAGUAAGUUUGCUGGAGUGGGAGACCCCAACGAGGCCGAAAGGUGGAUACAUAGUUUGGAGAAAAUAUUCAACCUAUUGACUUGCACCGAUGCUGAUAAGAUACUCUUGGCUGAGUAUCAAUCGGAAGGAAAUGCGGACCACUGGUGGAGAGCAUCGAAAGAAACAAUGUUUCCUGUAGGUACGGAAAUAACUUGGGAGAAUUUUAUGGAGGCAUUUUAUGAGAAGUAUUUUUCUGAAUGUGCUAAAGAUCAGAAAAUAGCAAAGUUCAUACAGCUAUGUCAGAAUAAUAUGAUGGUGGAUCAGUACGAGACUAAGUUUUCUGAACUCUCUAGGUUUACGCCUCACAUGGUGGAAAAUAGGGAGGAUAAAGCCGCGAGAUUUUUGAAUGGGCUAAAGACUGAUAUCAGGAGGCAGUUAGUACCCUUUUACAUAAGAGACUAUAAUGUACUUUACAGGCAUGCCCAACUUAUCGAACAAGAGUUCAUGAAAAGAGAACUAGAGGCCAAGGGACAGGGUAAGGCAAGUCAUUAA